AUGAGGGCACUCAUCCUCUGCUGCCUUGUGGCCCUGACCACGUGUCAGACCAGCCGCUAUGAUCUCAUCCUGAAUCCCAGUAAAACCUAUGAGUACCAGUAUGAGGGGACUGUGAACUUUGGCCUCGGCGAUCCCAGGUUCGUUGAGUCUGGUGUGAAAAUGGUGUGCAAGGUCAAGAUCGCAGGUGUUUCCGACCACACAUUUUCUCUUCAGGUUUCAGAUUUGAGCUAUGAGGAGUUCAACGGCAUCCAGGGUAGGGACAGAUUUAUCAAAUCAGCUGGAAUCACCAACCUGAUCACCGCCCAGCUCGCCAAGCCCUUCAUGUUUGACUACGCUGGUGGACACGUCAACAACAUCUACGCUUCAGCCGAUGUAUCUGAAACUGUUGUCAACAUCAUAAGAGGGAUACUCAGUUUCUUCCAAGUCACUGUUAAGACUACGGAGAAGAUCUACGACCUUGAAGAGAUUGGCAUCCAUGGCAAGUGUCAGAGUAACUACGCUGUUGAAGAAGACACGAAGACAACGGAGUACAGAAUCACUCAGGUCGUCGAUGUCAGUAACUGUCGGGAGAAAGCAGCCCUCUUCACUGGAAUAGCUACAGCUGUGCUCGACGACGUUUCCAAACAGAGAGGCGAGUCCAUCUUCUCAACAGUCAGAUACAUUUACAACAUCAAGCCAGAACAUGGAGGACACGUCACCAGAGCUGAAGCCCUGGAGCAAGAAUUCUUCACUCCCUUCAACGUGAUGGGCGGCAACUUCAGAAUGAAAUCAAAGAAGGAAAUCGUGUUGGUUAGUGUGGUUCAGAGCGCAGCUAGAGGAGCCGUGGGAGGUCAAGAUUCGAUGGAAAGCAGAGGCAACAUUGUUUUCAAGUUUGGCAAUGUAGGAACCAACGUCCCCAUCAUGAUGAAGAAGGUGAACGACCCUGUACAAGAGGCCGUGGAUUUGAUUGAACGUCUGGCUCAAGUGCAUCUUAAACAGGUCGACAAUGCAAAUACUGAGCAGGUCAUCAGACUGUAUCAGCUUAUGCGAAUGGUCCCUAUUGAGGGAAUGAAGGCAAUGUGGAAUAGGUUUAAAGAACAACGAGAGAAAAGACACUGGUUUUUGAUCACAGCUGUUGAAGCCAACAAUGACACAAUCCUGAAGUUCCUGAAAGAAAGGUUCAAUGCCAAUGAUCUGGAACCAUUUGAGGCUCUAUUCACUGUUUUAUUGACAUUUAACCAUCUGGAAGCUUCAGCGGAGAUGGUUGAGAUGGCUAAAGAGUUUCUGGGAUUUCCCAUUUCUAAUGAGUAUGUAAGGAACACUGUGGUGAUGGCCUAUGGUUCUCUGGUGAAUAAGCACUGUGCUUAUAAUACUCCAUGUCCAGAUGCUGCUGUUCAGCCCCUGUUGGAGAUGGCUAACAAGGCUCUGGUGGCCAAGAACAACAAAGACAUGGUCCUGGUUCUGAAAGCUCUGGGGAACGCAGGUCAUCCAGGAAGCAUUAAAACUAUCAUGAAGUUCCUUCCCGGGGUGGCCGCCAACCCUGUGGAUCUGCCGCCCUCGGUGCUCUCUGCUGCCGUGCAGGCUAUGAGACUCAUCGCUGCCAGGGACCCUCAUCAUGUGCAAGACAUUUCAGUGGAGCUGUUCUUCAAUAAGAACCUUUCCAGUGAGAUCCGAAUGCUGGCCUUCAUAAUGCUGGUUGACACUAAGCCCUCCAUGGCUCUGGUGUCCACAGUGACUACCCACCUGAUGGAGGACACGGACCUACAUGUUGGUAGCUUUGCAUACUCCUAUUUAUACAGCUUAGCCAAAUCCAAAACUCCUGAGAAUCACUUCCUCUCUACUGCCUGCACCACGGCCAUGAAAAUCCUGGCCCCUAAAUUUGGCCGGCUCGGCUAUUAUUACAGCAAAGCAGCACGCAUGGACGUGUUUAAUGACAAAUACCUACUUGGUUUAGCAGCAGAAGGCUUCAUGCUCAAAAAUGAACCCUACGUUAUGCCCAGUGAAAUGAGGAUGAGAGGAAAACUGUUUUUCAUUGGUAGAAUUCUGCAGACAAUCGAGUUUGGUAUCCGUAAUGAGGGAAUUAAGGAACUGUUCGGCAAAGAAAUCCCUGGAUUUAAAGGAGAUUUCAGUUUCGGUGACUUCCUGGCUAUUUUAAAUAUCCUUAAAAAGUGGGAACAUUCACCGGACAAUAAGCCAAUCUUCUCUGCCUCCACACGUUUAUCUGGACAAGAAUGGUUCUUCACUGACAUCAACAAAGACUUCAUUCGGAAUAUUAUCAACAUGAUCUAUUCACCAGGAGAAGGAAACUUGCUUGACAUAUUUUCAAAGGGGAUUUCCUGGCAUAAGGCCAUGCCACUCUUAAUGGCUGACGCUCGUUACAUCAAAGCUUCCUGCGUUGGUCUCCCAGUGGAGAUUAGCAAAUAUUAUCAAGUACUGAAUGGACUUAGUGUUAAUGCCAUGGCUGAAGUAAAUCCACCACAGACUGGAAUCAUGGAUUCUGAAGUCUUACUGAAGACAGAGGGGUUCAUCGGUUACACAAAGGAUCUUUGGCUUUUCUAUGGGAUCAACACAAAGCUGUUCCAGUCUGGUGCUGAGCUCAAGGCAAAAAGUCCGAUCAGUUUUCCUUGGAAAUUUGAUGCAACGGUCAACAUCAAGGAAAAGAAAUAUUCACUUGAAUUCAUCCCAUCCAGCAACGAAGUUGAAUUCUUUUCAUUCAGGUCUGAUGUAUAUGCAGUCUCCAGGAACAUUGAAGAUGAAGGUAAAACGACCCCGAUGAUCCCCAGCAGUGGUGAAGCAGCCAACAGCACCACCUGGAGUGUGAUGCGAAACCCACAGGAGCAGAUAUGCGCUGAGAGUGAUGCUUAUGGAAUAGGUGUUUGCCUGGAGUCAGAGUUCAGGAAAGAGUAUCGGCCUGAGCAGUACCCCCUGUACUAUUUACUGGGAUACACCCGGUUUGGCCUCAAAGUCAAAAAAGCCCAGGCAGCCAGAGCUGUUGACAGAAUCCGCUUUGAGGUGAAUGGCACUAAUCCAAUGGGCAUGUGCCAACUCUUCAACACUCAGACCAAGUUGUUCCAGGAGGAGGUAACGUCGGAAUCUUGCACCAUUGUCAAAGCAGUUUCCAUGAAUGCCAAUGAGGUUUCUGAUGGUUAUGAGGCACAAAUGGUCUACAAGUACACUGACUCCCAAUCCAUCGGUCAAAUGGUUGUAUCCCAAGCCAGAGAAGACAGCAACUGGAAGAUGAGCGCUGAGACCACUAUGAAUGUGGCAGACACUAAGGCUGUUCUGAAGUGGGGAGUCGACUGUAAACCUUAUGAAGUAUCAGUGGAGACCAGCUCUACAAAGGAGAGGCUCAACGCCAUGUUGGCCUGGAAGGUGCUGCCAGAUACGCUGGCCGAGGCGGGCCAAAUAAUUGGAAGAUUCAUCCGACACUUGGCGUUCUUUUUUGGCUUCAACUGGGAACUUGAAACGAACACAGAAAAGCAGCUCACAGCAUCAGUUGUUGGGACUUCAGCAAACUACUACAACGUGGAGAUGAAAUUCCCAGAGUAUUCACUGAACCGACAGGAUAUUCCUUUUCCACUUCCAUAUCCCAGUUUGGAGACACCUUACCCCAUGAACGAGACUUUAAACCACGUUUGA